CAGCGUUAAAAAUACUUUUGAAAAACAAUUUUUUUUUUUUGCGGUAAAAAAAUCUUCUUUUUGUGAUUAAUACAAAUUUUAUUUUUAAAAUAUAGUAUAAUUCGAUAAUAUUUUGUUUCUUUUUUUAAAAGAUACUGAAUCUAAAAUGACACAAUCCUAUUGGUUGGUGAACCUGUAGGUUCACCUAGGGGUGAACCCAAGAAUAAGUCAAUAUAUAUUUAGCGGAAAGAGAUAACGAGUGGCAAGAAUCAAUAGAAUAAAAUCAUUUGGGAUACACCAUAUUAGAUGUGUAAAUUUUUCUAUAAAUAUUAGUUCAUUACAAGGUUACAAAUCCACUAAACUUCUUGAGUUUAUACUGGAAACAUCUUACUAAAAUUAUAAAAUUCGAGCAAAAUAUUUUAAUUUAAGUGAUUAAAUCUAUAACAAACUCAACGAUCAUUUCAAACAUAGCAUUAGAAAUAACUUAUUUCGUCUUAUUCAAUGAUUAUCUAUUAUAUAAUACAUUGAUUUUAACCUAACUUUCAAAGAUAAUUUACAAACAUAUCAUUGUAAAUUAUAUUUUAAAUUUACUAUGGGUUUGAAUCCUAGUUUAAUUAAACCAAAGUAAAUUAUUAAGAAAAAACAAAUAUUUUUCAGUAUGGUAAAGUAUAAUACUUCUAGUUUAUUAAAAUUAUUUAGAGUUAUUCUAGUUAAAAAAUCUUUGUAAUUAUUUGAUCAAAAUUAGUUUAUAAUAAAGAAGUAUUUAUAGUUUCCUUUUCUAAUAUAUAUUAUCUUGCUCAAAAAAAUUCUUUUGAAAUUAUUUAAAAAAUUUAAAUUAAAUAACAAUUUGGGAUUUGAUAUUUAAAAAUCAAAUAAGUAAAAAAAUUAAAAAAAUAAUAGAUAUCUUUUAUUUUUAUAGUCUGAUAAGGAUGUAAAGAAAGCGUGAAUAUUUUUUUUGAAGAGGUUUGUUGUGAUUGAUAAAAUUAAAUUAAUUAUUGAUUCACAGAAUUUUUGCUAGACAAUACUUAAUUUAAUUCUAUCAAUCACAACACAACUCUUCGAAACAAGGUGCAUUUUCUCGGGAAUCUGUAACUACAUUUGACCUUUUCUAGGAAAUAUACACAUACACUUAAUCCUUGGGACAUGUAUUCACAUUCAUACUUUCAUGGGAACACGCAAACGUUUCUACCGUUGUGUGGUUUCACUGACUCUUCAUGGUUAUAUAGAUAGAGUUGUAACCCUAAGUUCCUGUGAAAUUCAAAUUUGAUACUUAAUAUACACAACUACUGGUCUACUUUUCCCUUUUAUUUCUCUUUUAACUUUCAUUUUCUUCUGAUGGCAAAUUCUGCUGCUAAACCCAAGUUUAGUCUGAGACUUCUCAUUGACGAGGAGAAAAACAAAGUUGUAUUGGCUGAAGUUGGGAAAGAUUUUGUCGAUGUACUUUGUAGUAUUCUUACACUUCCUAUGGGUACCAUUGUUAGGUUGCUGGAGAAGCAUCAAACUCCUCAGUCUCCCAUUGUUGGCUGUUUCCACAAGCUUUACAAAAGUGUUUCAGACAUGAGCGUUGAUCAUUUCGAGACACAGGUUUGCAAGAAUCAGUUGCUGUAUCCACGGAGUGUCAGGGAGAGUUAUUGCGGAAAUCUAAAGCUGAACAUAGAUGACACCGCGGCGACAGGGUUCUUUAUCUGCCCGCAUUUUAUGUCCAAUGAUUCUUGCUGUAAGGUAUACAGCAACAUUAGUACCUCAAGAUGUCGUUAUUGUGGAACCUCGAUGAAUCGGUUCAUUCCGGUUCAAGAAGGAGUGCAAGCUGAUGGAGUAUUCCUUAGUUGCAGAACGUCAUUUAUCAUCACCGAUGAUCUGAAAGUGUCAUUGAACUCGAUGGGUCUUGUCCUGAAUAUCCUCAACGAUCUUGGUUAUGCGGGUUUUGAUAAGCUGCAAGAAAUGGUCAUUGAUGUUGGUUCUGAAGAGGUACUUGAAUAUCUUUAAUUUUACCGUUUUUUUGUAUGUUUUUUUCUAACCUGUUUAUUUAUCUGAAUGCAGGUGCUAACUUUCCUGGGUUGUUUAUUCACUUCAGAAGCUCCUUUGACUGACACAUUCCUGAGGAAACAUUGUACAACAAGGAAACAUAAAGCGCUGACACCACUGGUGCAAGAAAAUGCUGUUGCAGGAGAUGCAGACAAAUUGGUAGCUAUUAAAGUUUAUAUUAGAAAGACCGACAGGAUGAUUCUUUAUGCGGAGUGCAGAGAAGAUUUCAUUGAUCUUCUAUUCACUUUUCUUGCUAUACCGCUUGAGUUUGCCUGGGACCUUUCUGUUGACAUUGUAAAUACGGGAUGCAUUGGAAAUAUGAGCAGAAGUGUGAAAAAUUUGAGCUUUGAGAAGCAGAAAGAAGCCACAGUUUCCCAAUGUGUGCUUCCUUAUUAUUAUAAGUUCAGGGCUCAACUGCUUGAUAUUGUCAUUCAGGAAGAAGAUUGAGAAUAUGAAUGUUUGGUCCCCCGCAAUGGAUAUCCGAGUUCAAAUUGCAAGUUCUCCAAGAAGAUUAAGAAAUAUGUGUUUUCUAAUGGUGAACGGAUUGUGAAGUUCACCCAAAUGCAUUCAAACACAAGUAGUUACGCUGGGGUUGGAUUUGUUAAGGGAGAAACAAAUUUCAUAGUGUCAGAUGAUCUGCUUAUCACACCGAUGAGCACAUCAUCAACAAUCUCAUUACUAAGCAAGUUGCAGAUGAACAUGAUGAGAAAAUGAUUAACAUUAGAAAGGCAGAGGUAUGCUUUUGAAUUUUCUUUUUAUAUACUAUUUUCUUUACUUGAUAAUUUUAUUUUUGGUUCUUCUUUUGAAUAUAUACCUUUAUUGCAGGCCGUUGGCUUGCUGAGAGCUUCCUUGAUCACAACUUCUGCACUAACCAAUGUUCUCUCCAACUUCCUCUCAAAGAUGAAGCCACAAGAAGCAGCUCAGUCAACAUCGAAGAUUCAGAAAAUCUGAAAAAUCUCUUUGAAAGCAUGGCUCUUGUUACUUAUGGCCAUUUGAAUCCGCAAUUGUUGUUUUUGGCUUCGAUUAUUAUCUCCAUCUUUACUUUCCACAUAAUAAUUGAAUAAUAAGUCAAUAACCUUUUAUUAAAUAAUAAGUUUGUUUAAUUAUUCUAAGUGACUCUCAAAGACUAUAACUAGAAACAGAGGCUAUUGGAAUUUAUCAUGGUUCUGUCGAAAAAUGUUCUCACAAACCUUCUGUCUAAUUAAUAUUUUUUCAUUCUCUGAUUUGCAAUAACCAUUUAUCACUAUAAUGGUGAAUAUAGUUUGGUUUCCAGUUACUAGUAUAAUAAUAGCAGGCUCUUCAACAUGUUUGUAGAAGGUGGAAGAACUUUGAAGUUAAACUAACAUUGAUCUAAAAUCCGAAAACACGUCAGAUAAUCUGCUGUUCAGUCCUAUGAACUCAUCCUGAAUUUUUUUAUUAUUUAAGCAAGUUGUGUAAUGGGAAAUUGGGGCACAUAUACAUAAGAAAAAUAAAAAUUAAGUUUAUACACAUAGCAUCACUUUGGCUGUGAUAUAUUUCAUAUUGUUAAGAAAAUUCCAAAAAUAUCCAUCCCUACGCGUGUAAACGUAAACGAGUGUCUCUCCUAAUUUUGAAAAUUAAAAAAAAGUUGUUUUUAUUUUUCAUACUCUUGCUAGCGAUGAAGAAGAGAAAUUUUAAGAGAGUGCAUGGAAAUUUGAGUUCGAGAACAGAAAAGUUGAAAUUAACGAUGAACGGUUCGGUCGUGCGGUGUAAGUAGGAUAUUGAAAGUUAGGGCCUUUACUAUACCACCUGACAUGAUAGUAUAGUGUGAUUUAUAUACAUAUGCACUUCCAUGAUUGUCUUGGAUGGUGUGAAAACUCACUAUGAAUCACUUGCAGUUGUAGCGAAGACAUACAAUGGCAGCCUUCUCGACCUUCGCCCCUGACCAACUCCCGUAAUGAUAUGUUUGAUGGAACCCCUUUUUGCUUUCUCUACUCAUAUGCUACUUAUAAGUUUUCGGUUUUACUAAGAUUUGCUACUAAUAUCCCCAUUUUUACUGUGGCGGACAUCUCAAUUUGUUUAUUAUUUUGGAAGUUAUGUAUGGUUAAGUACAACGCUAAAAACUUGUUUAUCAAUUGCCAUUCAUUUAUAACAGUGUUUUUAUUCCUCUUCCUAUUGUGCGUCUAACUUAUGCUUUUCAGCAGCCAAAUUAGACUUCUACAUAAAUGUUUUUGUCUCUUUUCCAAUGCUUAUUCGAACACCAUACCUAAUUUUAGGUUUCCUAUGUAUUAUAUAUCAGUUGUGUCAUUUCUAUACUAUUAUCUUUGGUAAUAUAUAAUAACUUUCAACUACUUACGCAACAACUAGCUUAUAUGUGGGUCUGCUAUACUAAAUUCCACAAUUGUAAUCCCCUUACGGUUCGAAAUAGUUUCUUGUGUUUCUUCUGUCGGCAGAUAACACAUUCGACCACCUUGUAUGACACAAUGGCAGUGUCAUUUAUGUACCCCAGUGAAUUAAGUAGGUAGGAUGUUAACGUAAAUACUAUAAUACAUACUUUUAUAGUAUAGUAUCGGCUAACCUUCUGUCCCGCCUUGGGUUAUUAUAUAUCCCAAAUUGUGCAACAUCAUAUCUAACUCGCUUAUUUUUUUCUUCAUUCACCUCGAUCCUAUUAUUAUCACUAUCACCAUUACUGAUUGUUUGGUUGCCGCUGCCAUCUUCUCUUCGACCAUUUUCACCAUUUGUCAUCUCUUCCACCUCCAGUGUAGGUUAUUUUCCUCCUCCCACCACAUAUUAUUCACUUUUACUUUACGUAGCAACAACAUCUCUUCAUCCGCCGCUCUUAUUUAUACAUUCACUUUUACUGCUUUCAGUUACAAAAUGACCUAAGAAGAUAAACUAAAUUGUAUAUUUUUUGGUUUCAUUCUAUUAUGAUUGGUAGCAUAAGAAAUUCGGUAGAUGCUCUGGUGUAUUUCUGCUUCGACUAACCUAUACAUUGUAUAGUCUAGAAUGUUAUUGCUGGUGUGGUGCUUUUGUUAACGUUUGUAACAUGUUUCUCUUUUCACCAUGCAUAUUUGCAUUAAUACUUCGACUAUAUUAUAUGGUUUAUAGUAUAGUAUAUUUCAAUCAUGUUCGCUACACAAUAUGACGUGCAUAUACUCACGCGCACGAGAGUGGAAUGAGAGAAAUGUCAAGGUUUGGUUCUAAUUGUCACAUCAACUAUUCAAUGGCUAUAUUCUUAAUUUUUUGAGCUCUUAUGAAUAUUGGGCAAAAUCGCCCUUGUGUAAUCAAUGAUCAAACAAGUGAUUAAUACUAGCAAAUGAGAUGUCUAUAUUAUUCUUGACUCUAUAUUAUUUUUGAUUCGUGAGAAAAUCUCAUUUUCUCUUCUUUUCUUAUUAUCUUUUUUUUGUGCGACGAAAUUAUAUUAAAGCAGGAAAAGAUAUAGGGCCGAAAACGAGGCCCAAUAUCAAUAGGUUCAAACAAGUACAGAAGCAAAUGAAAACAAAGCCUGUUUAGCUAACAAGUCGGCUUUUCGGUUCUCAGAUUGUGGAACAAAAGAGAAAGAGAUAGAGGCAAACGCAGAGGAGAUCUGCAUGAUAUCGGAGACGAUACCGAAGAUUUCCUUAAUUUGGUGCCUAUUUUGGAUUGCUCUGAUGAGCGUUUGGCAGUCUGAGCAGACCCUGAUACUAGUAAUGUCGAGAGCUGCGGCUGCGAGAAGACCCGAUCGAAGCGCUAGAGCUUCGGCCAUAAGAGGAGAAGUGACGUUUUCUGUGCACAGUGAUCCUUCGUGGAGUUGAUUUGCUGUCGGUGUUGAGAUGAUCCACGCUAAGCCUGCUUUCCUCGUGGUCGAGUUCCAAGAUGCAACGGAGUUGCAUGUCGUGCGUUGAUUGCUGCCAUCUUCCUUGUGGAACUGGAUCCCUUGAGGUUGUCGCUUGUUUUCCUGUGAUAAAUUGUCUUGCGCUUGAAUCCAUUCGCGGGCUGAGACUAAUCCUCUAAGCAUGACUUUGUUAGGGUUAAGAUUCUUGUCUUCAAAGAUCAGUCUGUUUCUCACCAUCCAAAGCGACCAGCAGAUCCAAGGAAGGACGGGGGAUGAGAUACUUGACGGAGGAAGACAAGAUAUCUUUCGGAACAGCACCAAAGCUGAUUGGAAGUCAUCAACCGCAUCUAUGAGGAUUGGUGUUGUGAGGGCAACUUUCUGCCACACUUUCUGCGCGAAAGAACAGAGGAAGAAAACGUGCAUUGGUGUUUCCACUUCUCCACAUCUUGGACAGGCUACAUUGGUGAGUAAGCCUCGUCUUUGUAGUUUUUCACCAAGGGGUAUUGCUCCUUUGAUGAUGGCCAUAGAAACACUCUUAGCUUUGGGAGACACUUUGCUGACCAGACCUCUUUUACCCAAUUUAAACCUCCCAGAUUUGCAUUAGGUGGGGCUUGACGAGGGGUAUUUGCUGCGAGAUUAUACCCAGACUUCGUGGAGUAUAUCCUGACGGUAGCGGUUGCCAAAUAUAAACAUCUUCAGCACCUGUUGUGCUGGGUUUUAGUGAUUGGAUUUACUCACUCAGCUGAGGUAAAAUUUCUUCUAUCCUCUGUUUGUUCCAUCGUAGAUCGCUUGUAAGCAGAUCAGAAACCCUGAGGUCUAGAGUGUUCUCAAUGAUAGGUCCAUAGGUUUUAGGUUUGAGUCAAGAGAGAUCCAGGAGUCUUUCCAUACGCUUGUGGUCUGACCAUUUCCAAUUGCCUUGCGAAUAUUGUCACGUAGGAGAUUUCGGCCAUGUAAAAUCUCUUUCCACCCGUGGGAACAGGCAGAGGGUAGUUCCACAUUGAGAAAGCUCCCCUUAUGGCAAUAUUUACAUUUUAAGGCUCUUGCUAUGAGGCAGUCUGGAACUGUUAUGAUUCUCCAAGCCAGCUUUGGGAGUAGAGCUUGGUUGAACAAUUGGAUGUCUCGUAAUCCUAGACCUCCCGCCGCCUUAGGUUGUGCCAAGUUGUCCCAGAGAAACCAACAUAUACUUCUUUUCUCACUAGAAGAGUCCCACCAAAAACGUGUUAAUGCUGAUUGUAUUCUUUUACAGAGGCUGAGAGGGAGCUCGAAGCAAGACAUCGUGUAGGAAGGAAUAGCUGUAAGAACAGACUGCAUCAUUGUAAGCUUUCCUGCUUUGGAGAGGAAGCAUGUAGACCAGUUAGCUGCACGCUGUCUUUUUCUGUCAACAAUUGAGGUAAAUAAGUCCCUCUUCCUUCUGCCAAAAUGUUCUGGCAACCCUAGAUAUUUUCGCACUCCUCCCUCUUUUGUGAUUCCUAGGAUCUGUUUUGCUGCUGUCUUUACUUCUUGUGGCAUCUUACUAGAGAAAGUAAUAGCUGAUUUAGCCGUGUUAACUUUCUGACCUGGCAAUGCUUCAUAAUCCAGCAGGAGCUUUGAUAGUGCGUGGCAGUUUUCAGGGGUAGAGUGGCAAAACAUCAUUGUAUCAUCUGUGAAGAACAGAUGAUUGAUACGAGGACUACCCCUUGCAACUCUGAUGCCCCUUAAAGUUGCCUCUCCUUCCCGCCUUCCUACAGAGACCAGAGAGGACCUCUCAACACAAUAUCAAUAUAUAAGGAGAGAGGGGAUCUCCUUGUCUUAUCUCUCGGUAAGGUUUCACUAACCCGUAGACUGUGUCGUUGAUUAGAAAGGAAUAGGAGACUGACUGGAUGCACUGCAAAAUCAGAUUAAUCCAUUUUUCAUGGAAACCUAGUCUUUGUAGAACCUUUGAAACAAACACCCACUCAACUCUAUCAUAUGCCUUAGACAUGUCCAUUUUCACCGUCAUAGAACAAUUUAUCUGAGCCUGAGAUGUUUUGAGAUAAUGGAGCAUUUCAUGUGUGAUUAACACAUUGUCGGUUAUUGAUCUCCCAGGGAUGAAGGUCGAUUGGUUUUCCGAAAUUAUUGAGUCCAACACUGUCUUCAGGCGUAGAGAGAGAAGCUUAGAGAUGAUCUUACAGAAGACAUUGCAUAUGGAAAUUGGACGGUAAUCCGCUACCUUCUUUGCAUAUGAGGUCUUUGGUAUGAGUCUAAUAUGAGUUUGAUUCAUUGUAGGAGGCAAGACACAUGUUGUGAAGAAACUCUGAAUUUCGAGAACAGGGACCAAUCACAUCCCAAUGGGAUUAGAAGAAACUGGCUGAAAAGCCAUCAGGGCUAGGAGCCUUGUUAGGGUGAAUCGUGAAGAGAGCCUCUUUGAUUUCCAACGGUGUUGGAUCCUUUAUCAGGGCCUCAUUGCACUUUGGUGAGAUUUGAGGCUCAAGUUCACUGGAGAUUAGGGUACUAUCCAUCCUUUGAUUUGCUGUGAAUUGCUGCUCAUAGUACUUACAGAUAAGUUUCCGCUAUCUGGUCCUCUUCAAACUUUGGUUCCCCUUCAUCAAUCUCAAUAACUGAAAGACAGUUUUUUGCUUUCCUUCCUUUAGAGAUCGCGUGGAAAUAACCAGUAUUAGAAUCUCCAAGGGCGAGCCACACUUGUCGACUCCUCUGCCGCUAGUAUUCCUCUUCAGCCUUGCAGGCCUUUAGAAGUUUAGCAUUGAUAUCAUGGAGAUGGGCCUCAUCUGAAAUUGGGUUGACCAUUGCCUCCUCAAGCUCUUCCCAAAUAUUAUCAAUAGCUUUUCUACUGUUUAUCUGAUAUUCUUUGCUCCAUUUGCAGAUAGCUCUCCUACAAAGGUUGAGGCGAGCUUCAACACAGAGAUGAGUGAACGCUUCCCAAACCUCUUUUAUAAUUGCUUGAACUUCGGUGUUAUCUCUGAGUCUCCUGUCAUAUCUUAAGAUCCUCUUUCCUCUUUUCUUUUUUGUAUCCAGAAGGAGACUAGAGGACGGUAGUCUGAGCCUUCGAAGUUGAGAUACUAGCUUCUGCAGAAAGGGAAGAGCUCAGCCCAGUCGCUGUUACACAUAGAUCUGUCCAGUCUGCAUUGGACUACGUGAGUCCACCUUUUUCCCCUCCAAGAUAAGUAGUUUCCAGAGUGCUUUAUGUCGAACAGAUCUAGUUGUGAGAGAAAGGAACUAAAAGCACAUAAAGACCCUUCUGAUCUUUCUGGUCCUCCGUUUUUUUCAUUGUUUUCCACAAUCUCGUUGAAAUCUCCCAUUAGGAACCAUGCUUCAUUUGCGUUAGGAUGUAGAUCUGGUAGGGUGUUCCAAACCACUAGUCUUUUUGAGUGAUCAGGUUCUCCAUACACGAAUGUAGAGUGGAAAGUGAUUCCUUUGCUAGUCAUUGUAGUGUCAAUGAAAUUAUGGGAGGUUGAGCGGAUGGUAAUCUCGAUGUCUUUUUUCCAGGUUAGUAGAAGCCUCCUCCUCCUGGCUAUGUGGAGAUACAAUGCAGUACUUUUCCUCCAUGAUGCCUUCCAGUUCUUUCAGUACUACUUCAUCGGGGUUUUUUGUGUCUGACAAGAAGAUAAUAUCAGGAGCAUUCACCUUACGAAUCUCUUUUAAAACGCCGGAUUGUUAUGGGAUUCCCCAAACCACAACAAUUCCAGUUUGCCACAACUAAGGAGCCGGGUGUUGAGGUACGUGAAAAUCCUUUUUUUCUUUGAGAUAGCUGGAAUUAUUCUGAUGUUAGGUUGGUUGGUUAAACUGGAAGGACCUGCAACGUUCCUUUGGUUUCCAUCUUGUUGCGUGUUUGUGAUAGUUGUAUCAUUUGCAGGUGAUUUGCGGCCUGGUGAUCUCUGUCCCCUAGUGAAAUCUCUUUUUCUUGAGCAAGCUCCAUGAAGGGUUAGUGGACUGGUCCCUGUUGACCUUAGCCUGGCAGGUUUAACUUUUCUCCUAUUAGUCCUCUGUAAGGUGGUUUUCUUUUCUGCAGAGUUAUUCUCUUCUUGAGCUUCCUCUGGUUGAUCUGCUGCUUCAUUAUUUUCUGCUCUCAGGGAGGCAAGGUUUGACACAGGCUGGGUAGUUCUAAUUGCUGCCGCUGUCUCCUGAGGAGGCGGAGAGGAGUGCAUUGCCUGAUAGCUUGCCACAGCUGCUGAUAAGAUACGGUCUACUGUCUCUUCCAUCUGCCAUUGUGUAUCGCUAUAUCUUCCAUUAUCGCUUCCCUUGAAGGGAGUUGGGCUAGAGGAGUAUGGACUUGCUCUUGUAGUUCUUCAGUAGUAUAUGGGGCUCGCGGUGUUGGUGUCUAUCGCAUAGCAGGGGAAUUGACUUCCUCCUUUAGUGUUUCUCUGGGCUAUUUUUCUCUCCACUGCAUCAUUUCCUUUUAUUAUCUUCUUUG